GGCAGGCAAAGGAAUCAUUAUACAUCCGAGGUUUUCCUCUUUGGACAAGCUAAAAACCAUGUUCGGGGCAAGCGAUUAGGACCAUGAAACAGGGUAACAUGCCUGUUGGUUUCGGAGUAAAUAAGAAGAGUGAAUUCAUCAGUAGCCCCAUGAACACCUCGUGAAUUGGUGUCACUGGGAUCUUGGACUACGUAUCGGUGGGUAUAUAUAUAUACACUUCCACCAACGGCUAUGACCAUCAUGAGCAUGAAAUGGCCCCAAAAGCCCAGACAAAGCGGUGAACCUUCACGUGAACCCAUCAACCCCCCACUCUUUUCAUUCAUAUAGCAUAGACAUUCCAUUCCAAUCCAUCACCAGUAUAAGAUCUUCUUGACAGAGAAAGAUGUGCACCGAGUAGUUCGAGGGGAUGGAAGCAUUGUGGAACUUGGAAGACAGAUGGAAACUGUCGACCCGAGAAGCCUUCUUGCUGUUUGGGUGCACUGCUGUUGCUGUGGUGGGGCUCGGAGCUGUUGCAGCAUUCCUCAGGAAAGCAAGAAAAAAGCAAGUGCAGGUCAUCAAUGUGAGCCAAGAACCUAAUGUGAGUCACCCUUUCCAUGGAGAAUGGCCGGAGCCAAGAUGCGGGCGGGUUGCAAUCAAGAGGGUGUUGAUGGGUUCGCUGAGGUGGAGCAGGGGGAGCAAGUGGGGGGAGAGGAAUGUAGGGGCUUGGGGGAAGAGGCCGCUGCCGCCGCCGCUGCUGCUUGCAUUGGAAGGUGAUGUUGUGGGGUGGCAGAGCCACAACUCAGAGUCGCCUGUGUGGCAGAGGCCGAUACUGAUGGGGGAGAAGUGUGAGCUCCCAAGGUUUAGCGGGCUUAUUCUGUACGACGAGCGAGGUCGGCCCCUUAGUGGUUCGUCAGAGGAUGCCAGUACAAACCAGGAGAAAAUUACCAGUGGUGGGAGAACAACUCUGAAGGAUUUGCUGUGAUUUGCUUGUCAAAUUUAAGAGUAUUCUUCUAGCUGUAAGCAAAGGGGGUUUCUCCUGGAUAUUGUAACCUCUUCUAUGUGAA